GCCAUCUUCCCUGGUGCUCUCCUCCUCCUCCGUGCGCGCGCCGUACAGUGAGACAGAAAUCCACCUUAACACGCAAGCCGACUGCAUUAAAGCAUCAAAAAUUAAGAAUUCUAGUAUAUUGUACGUUGUUUUGACACCUUCAUUUGGAAAUCGGAGGGAUUUUUAGCGUUGCUGUAAUACAACAUGGAUGAGGAAUAUGAUGUGAUCGUCCUGGGCACUGGCCUCACAGAAUGCAUUCUUUCUGGCAUCAUGUCAGUCAAUGGAAAGAAAGUUUUGCACAUGGACCGGAACCCAUAUUAUGGAGGUGAAAGUUCCUCCAUCACCCCACUGGAGGAGCUUUAUAAGCGAUUUGAGCUUCCAGACGGCCCCCCAGAGUCAAUGGGCCGGGGAAGAGACUGGAACGUCGACCUCAUCCCGAAAUUUCUCAUGGCCAAUGGCCAGCUAGUUAAGAUGCUCUUGUACACCGAGGUGACCAGAUACUUGGAUUUCAAAGUGGUGGAAGGAAGUUUUGUAUAUAAAGGAGGAAAGAUCUACAAAGUCCCCUCGACAGAGACCGAAGCCCUGGGCUCCAAUCUAAUGGGAAUGUUUGAGAAGAGACGUUUCCGGAAGUUCCUGGUCUUCGUGGCCAACUUCGAUGAGAACGACCCGAAGACUUUCGAGGGCGUCGAUCCCAAGCAGACCACGAUGGGAGAGGUGUACAAGAAGUUUGACUUGGGCCAGGAUGUUAUCGAUUUUACCGGACACGCCUUGGCCCUCUACAGAACAGACGAUUACCUUGAGCAGCCAUGCCUGGAGACUAUUAAUCGCAUCAAGCUGUACAGCGAAUCGUUGGCCCGCUACGGGAAGAGCCCUUACCUGUACCCUCUGUACGGCCUGGGGGAACUGCCUCAGGGCUUCGCCAGGCUAAGUGCUAUUUAUGGAGGAACCUACAUGCUUAACAAGCCAGUGGACGAGAUCGUCAUGGAAGGAAGCCACGUGAUCGGAGUGAAAUCUGAAGGAGAGAUUGCACGAUGCAAGCAGCUGAUCUGUGACCCCAGUUACAUCCCGGACCGUGUGCGCAAAGCAGGCCAGGUGAUCCGGGUCAUCUGCGUCCUCAGCCAUCCCAUAAAGAACACUAACGAUGCCAAUUCGUGUCAGAUCAUCAUCCCGCAGAACCAAGUUAACCGCAAGUCAGAUAUCUACGUGUGUAUGAUCUCUUAUGCCCAUAACGUGGCUGCCCAGGGCAAGUACAUCGCCAUUGUGAGCACCACUGUGGAGACCGCCGAGCCCGAAGCUGAAAUCGAACCUGCACUCGAGCUGCUGGAGCCCAUUGACCAAAAGUUUGUGGCAAUCAGUGACCUGUACGAACCCACAGAUGACGGCUCAGACAGCCAGGUUUUCGCCUCGCGGUCUUACGAUGCCACCACUCACUUCGAGACGACCUGCAACGACAUCAAGGACAUCUACAAGCGCAUGACCGGCAGCGACUUCGACUUCGAGAACAUGAAGCGCAAACAGAACGACGUCUUCGGGGAGGAAGAGCAGUGAGGGAGAGGGAGGCGAGAUGGAGGGGAGGAGAAGGCAGUAGAUGAGGACAGCUGCGAGCGGGACAGAUUGAAAUGAUUGGGCUUGAGAUGAUCAGUAGAUGAUUUCAUGCUGGUUUUUAGUUAAGCAGGAUUGUAGCAAUCGGCAACCAGUUCAGCUGUCCUAUACGUUUGUUUCCUUCUACUUGCCUUGCUCCUUGCUCCCUCUUUGCUCUCGGCUCCUUUUUUGUUUUGUUUUUUCCUUCCCCAAAUUAUGUACAUUUUAGCACAGAGGCACAACGCCCUUACGCUCUCACACUUCCCUCGGCUCGUCCUUCACAAAGCAGUCUUACGUUUUUUUUUUGUUUUUUUUUUCCGUGAACAAGGUAUGCAUCAUUUCCGGGCUUGCCGAAGUGAAACAUAUCCGAGUCUUAUUUAUUUGGUGGUAGUUCUGGUUUUAUGAAUGAUGCCUUUCACAGCAGCCCUCGUGUCUUUAUGAACUCCAUUAACCCUUCGGAACAAGAAAAUCCUGUGAAAUCGCUGUAAACACACAAAAAUCUAGUAGAUUUAGUUCCUGAACCGUUUAAAAAGAGGAUUUCUUAAAACUUACAGAGAAUCAUGUUUAAAAGCCUUUUGCUAGCUGAACGUAUGUUAUGGACACGACGAAGGUUUGCCUUUUAUAUAUAUAUAUAUAUAUAUACACAUAGAUAUACAUUAGCAGCACGCAUGCAUGCAUCUUUCAUUCGCCUCCUUUCUGAACAACUUCGCUUUGAACCUGAAGCCUCUACGAACACGCUCGGCUUGGAUGAGGAUGGGUACGUGGACACAUAUGCAGUUAGGAUUUGGAGUCCAAAAGCCAUUAUUACCGUGACGUUUCCGUUUCCCGCGUAGAAGCCGCGUUCAGGAUCUACAGCAGCAGCAGUUUGUAUAGGAUUCAUAGUGAUGUGAAUCUUACCUUUAAUAAAUAUCGUUCCCCCUCGUGGUUUGACACUUGUAUAUCUUCUAGGUGAGGUGUUCUGGUUUGUUAAACUAGGCUGGACCCUGGUCUUAAGAACUUGGAGUUGUGUGUUCUCUUCCUUCUUCGUGUUGGUUUCGAUUGAACUUGUGCUGGAGUGAUUGUUUUUUUCCCCAUCAUGCUUCCUCAGCCAGAGCAAUGAUUUAUACCUACUUAAAAAAGGAAACAUUAUGUAAAGUCUUAACAUCGAUUUGACGUUAGGAUUAUUGUUAAAUUACACAAGGAUUUGGGCUUUCAUCACUCUCUUCCUUGUGUGAUUUAUAAAUGAUGAAACUCCACAAAUGGUUUAUUCCAAUGUUUUAUUCUCAAAAAGUGCUCUUUGUGUUAUUCUCUCUCUUUUUCUCUUUCUCUUCCUUUAUUUUCAUUACUGCAAAUGGUUCUGUUGAACAUCUCAUCUCACAAUGAUGCUGUUUAAAUACUAUGCUACUAUAAGCACACACACAUACACACACACUUUUUUCCUCCAUGUGUCUUAUUAACUGACCAAAAAAAUAAUGAUAAUAAUAACAUUAACACUGGAAACUGGAUCAAAAAGCAUUAAUCUUGCCAGUGUGCGUAGCUCUUAUUGAAAUGAUCUACUGUCUUUUUAUUUUUUGUUGUUGUUGUUGAACUCUAGUAGCUGUUUAAAUAUUAUUUUGCACUUUAUUUAUUUCCCUUUACGUGUCUCAUGGAACUAAACACUUAACACUGGAAUAUGAACGUGAAACAGUUGACGACUAAGAUGUGACUUCAUCACAAGUGUUUGAGCAGUCUUGUGCAAUGAAUGAAACAACAACAAAAAAAACAACAACAACACGAAUUCAAAUGUGAAUAAAUUGCUGAAAACGUGAA